GUUUCACUUCAUUUUUCAUUACCUGCUCGUUUUUUUUUUCCCACGAGACACAACUUGCCGUGGUUUUUCUGACGAGUAGCAGCAGUAGUAGCACGUAGUCGUAGCACGUAGUUGUCGUCGUCGUCGUCGUUCGUUGUCCUUGCCCGAGUCGUAGCUGGCUGUGGUUUCGCUGGACAAAAGCUGGUCACGCGAUUACUACAUCCCACAUCCCCGACGACCCCUUGAGAGAGAGGGCGACGCUCUAGUAGCACUCUUUGCUUGAUACUUUCGCACUGCUUCCUGCUCAGACAAUGGCGGCCCCUUUGAUCGAAGUCGGUGAAAUUGUGUUUGAAAAGAAGCUCAGCUUCCAGGCCGCACUCAAGCAUGUGCAAAUGCUCGUGCGCCCCGACAUGUUUAUGGCCACCGAGGCGCUCGUCUUUUUGGACGAAGAAAUGAUUCUCUUUGCGACACGACUCGCAAACCACACCUGCACUUUGAUUUCGCCAAACGUGAAGGCGAACACGGAUUUGGUCGAGGCGUCGGUCAAGGCCAUCUUUGGCAAGAACAUGGCCAAGUGGGCCUUCACUGCCGGUAUCAAGGCUGUCAUGAGCUUCCGAAAGACGGAGGAUCCUGCAAAGCGCUGGCUGACGCCCAAGUCCCCCUUCCCAAUCGAAAAGCUGUACACGGAUGUCAUGCAAGAGCGCUUUGACGAAGAAGCCACCGUGUAUUUCGCUGCAGUGCUCGAGUAUGUCUGCGCUGAUGCGCUCGAGUCUGCCGGCAACCGCGCUGAUACCUCGUCGCGAAAGAUCAUCUUGGAGAAGGACGUCUUGUACACCUUGUCGGAGGAGCCGGAACUCAAAGUUUUGUUUGAGAUCAAAAAGCAAAAAAAGAAGGCCAAGGAAGCCGCCAAGUUUGGCAGCUCGGCUCGCAAAAAGAAGGCGUCCAUCUCGGCAGGAUCCUCGGUACCCCGUGACAGCAUUGUGAUUGCAGAGAAUGGAGAGUACAGCCCGGAAGGAGGCGCGUCCUCCCCUGGAGGCACAAUCUCUUCGGGCGACCUCACUCCAAAGUCACAACGGCGCCUGUCCUUGUUUAAGGCCUUCAGCCGCAAGAGUGUGCGAUCACCGCGAGGUAGCGAUGCUGGUUCGUCGCCCGCCUCGCUGCUCGCCACGCCUGUCGGCUCAGAACAGAUGCUGCGCGCGUACUCGUCGGGCGACUUGCCAUACCGGCCAAGCUCGAGCGGGAGCAACAACCUGAGUCCUUCUCCGGACAGCGUCAGUCUCUCGUCGGCCACCUCUGAAACCGACUUGCAACGAAGCCCCGAUCUUGCCCAAGCUCGCAGAAUUGCGGAAGGCUCGCGCAACAUUCGGCGUCUCAGCGUGCGCAACGCCUCCAUUGGCGCCAAGCCAAAGUCUCGUCCGUCGCUUCCCAGCACGCAGGAGUUUGCUGCCCUGCGUAUUCCCGAGACAAACCUUCAACCGUACUCGAAGGGCGGCGUGCUCGGAGUGAUGAGCAACAUUACCGAAAUCAAAGUGCUCUAUCCGAAUUCCACCAUCACCCGGUUGCGAGUACAGCUCCCCAGCGGCGCCUCUACGGUGGUUGAGGCUGCCGACGACAUGAAGAUGGCCGAACUGCUCAACUAUGUUUGCACUCGACGACAUCUCAAAAUGUCCGAAUACGCGCUUCGCGUUGCGGGCGCUGACGUUUCCGUGGAUCUGAGCACGACCGUUUCUUCGCACAAAAUCUCUGAGAUUGAGCUGGUCCAACGGCCAGAUGUGGACAAGCAAGACGAUUCCAACCUCGUUUGUCUCGUCGAACGCAACGAAGUGACCCUUGUUCUCAAGGUUUCCGGCACACGAAGCGAAAUCAAGGCCGCGAAGGUGCACAAGCUGAUUGAAAGGAUAGCGGACGAAAACGCUCUCGACGGUUACUACGUUGAUACCAUCUUGUUGACCUUCCGCUCGUUCAUCGAGCCCGAAGACUUGUUCUACAUGUUGCUAUCGCGAUUCAAGCUCUCGCUGCCCGAAAAUCCCAUUCCCGAAGAAAUCGCCUACUAUGCUCAAUGGAAGCGACCAAUCCAAAUGAAAGUUUGCAAUUUCAUCAUUCGCUGGGUCGAGCGCUACUUCCAAGACUUUUAUGAGAGCAAGGAGCUGCUCGACUCUCUCCUCGAUCUGUGCGAGUUCAUCCAGCAAGAAGGCAUGGAAGACAAGGCCAACGAACUUUCGCAAUGUGUUGCCGAUCAGUUGCAACGGUUUGAACGCAUUCACAUUUCCAUGCUUCCGCUGGAAAAGACCGAUCUGUCGGUUGAUGCGAGCGAAGCCGACAAUGUUGACCAAAGCGAAGAGGGCUCGACUGAGCUCAUGGACAAAGACGCGCAGUUCAUUGCCGAGCAAAUUACAUUGUUUGAUCAUGAGCUUUUCAACAAGGUCCAUCGCGUAGAGUAUCUCAGCUACGUCUGGCAGGCCAGCAAGGUCGAUGAUUUGUGCCCAAACCUUAAUAUUCUGAUUUCUCGCUUCAACCGAGAGAGCUACUGGGUCGCGACCGUCAUUUGCACACAACCCGAGCUGAAAAAGCGGGUCGAGCUGAUUAAAAAGUUCAUCUUGGUUGGCAAGAGCUGCAUGGAGUUGCAAAAUUACUUUACAGUGUUUUCGAUCGUCGGUGGCCUCUCGAUGGCUCCAGUUCAGCGCUUGAAAAAGUCUUGGGAGCAAGUCUCGGCCAAGUACAAGACCAUGCUAACAGACUUGGAAAGCGUCAUGAAUCCCUCACAAAACAUGAAGGCCUACCGCGAACUUGCCCUUCAAAGCAAACCACCCAUGAUUCCAGUCUUGCCUGUGUACGUCAAAGACCUCUUCUUUAUCAACGACGGCAACGAGAAGGAGACGGACAAUCUGAUCAACUUUGAAAAGCUGGAAAUGCUGGCCGCGGUUGUGCGAAACAUUACUGCCAUCUGCUCUGUUCCGUUUGAGCACCUGGUCCCCGACCGCGAUGCGCAGCUCUACCUCAAGAACCCCACUGUCAUCUCGAACACGCUGCUGCUCAAGAAUCACUCACUGGACUGCGAGCCUGCAGCGACUCCAGCUGCGCCAUCGACACCUGCACCGUCUUAAAUGCCAUGUCGCAUUUUUGUUGCUCGCGGCAAGAAUCCCCAUCUCUUUGUUUUUUACGCUGGACGUUUUUGGGUAUUGUUUGAUUUUUUUUUUUCGUCAAUGGCUCAGUUUCCACUCUUGUUGUGUGUGCGUGCGUGCGUGCGUGCGUGCGUGCGUGCUUGUGUGUCUAUGUGUUUUCUUUCAUUCUUUCACUUUGUGUCGUAUUUUUUUGGCGUUUGGUUCGAAAUUUUUUCAAGAUAAAGCAGAUCAAGCA